AUGCAUCAAGCAGAAAAUAAUGACGAUGAAGAAUCUGAUGACGAUACAGAAUCUGAUGAAGAUGAAGAACAUGAAGUCCAAGAUAUCGAAGAUGAAGAAAUGCAAAUAGAAGAGAAAGAAAAAUCAGAAGAGGAAGACGACAAUGAAAAUAUUGUGAUAAAGAGCAGAAAGAAAAAAGGGAAAAACCAAAUUUUGAUAGAAAGUAGUGAAGAAUCAAAAGAGGUGGAUGAAUGGAGAAACCAUGCUCAACAAGUUUAUGACAUUGAACAAGAUAUUGAACAAGAAAAGGAGGAAGCAAUGAAGAAAAAUGAACAGUUGAUUGAGGAAUGUGAAAAAGUAAUGGAAGAGUUGAUCUUUAUGAGAGUUGAGAAUAAAAACUUGAAAGAUCAGAUUGAGAAUAUAACAGUAGAAAGUGAACAAGAACAUAAACAUACUAAACAUGCAGACAGUGAACAACUCAGUGCUGAAAUAAUGAUAUUGAAAGUGAAAAAAGAGAAAGCAUUGAAAACAAUUGAAAAUCUGAAGAAAGCAAUAGAAGAAAUAUAUUUCAUCAGGGAUGAAAAUGAAAAACUGAAGAAUGAAAUUUUGAAGAUGAAAAAAGAUAGUGAACAGCAUAAACAAGAUAGUUCACAACAAAAAAGGUGA